AGCCCGCCGCCCGUUCAGCAGGCAACAGUACACCGUCGAACGGCACACCGAGCACAUCGCACAUCCUUAUCACACUAUACAGUAUCUCGUCAGUGUUAUCAUCGUCGUCGUGAAAACUACUUCAGUGUCACUAUAAUAUUAUUUUUGUUAUUAUUAUAAUAUCACCGUUCGUUAUCAUUCGUAUACAUAUUUGCUUCCGGAUCCAUACAAACAGCGAUAAAAUGGCUUAUCUAUCAAACAGCUUCGACUUCGAACACAUGCAAAACUCGACCAACUGGGAGGCCGUCCACAAGAAACGGUCUUUCGUCGCCAGAAAGAUGCACAAAAUCAACAAGACUAUCAAACCGAUACUCAGAGCUUUGUGCCGCCGAAACGCCGUGACCCCGGCCGCCCAACAAGACGGUUCGGCUUUAGACCCACGGGGCCUAUCACCCGAAGAACUGGAGAACCUCCAGAACGAGUACAUCGAGCGGAAGCUGUCACAGGCGGUCGUGUACGACGAGGACGACUAUUACUCGGACACGGUCAGCGUCGAGUCCGGACUGGGCAUGUCAUUCGAAGAACUCGCCCGACCCGCCGAACGCAGGCAGCUCGUUUCCUUGUUGCCGGAGGCUGGGUACUACAUGUCCCGCGAUUUCUGGUUCGAAUCGGACUCCCGCACCGCCGGCCGACCAUCAUUCACCAGACAACAGACGCCCCAGAGACAGCAGCCCUGCAGGUACUAAUAGUGCAUCAAGUUGCUCUCGUCCGUCUCAUCCGUCCACCCCCGAAAGUCUUUCGCCAUUUGCUCAAAACUCGUUUCUAUAUAUGAUACUAUACAUGUAUAUAAUGUGUGUUUGCGUGCGUGUGUAUUUUUAUUUUUAUUUAUUUUUAUUUUAUAUUUUUGCGGUAUUUAUUAUACCGGGAUCUCUAAACAGUGUAAACCAUUUUUGCCACCUGUAAACGUGUUCG